AUGCCCUUCUUCACCCGCUCAUAUCUGCAUCAAAACAUCGCGCGUCAACGACAUCUCCAAGACCGGUCUUUCGGCUCUUUGGUGCAGGCUAUUUGCUCGCUAGUCCUUCUACAGCCCGUCCAGAGCCAGGAGAAACGCUCAUGGCCGAAUCGUGAAGCUAGAGCCGACGCACACUUGGCCCUGGCUGUAAAUUUACACUCACAGUCUGAUUUAGGUCAGAGUCCGACUCUAGAAACAAUCAUGACGAGCGUCUUCUUGUUUGCGUGUCAGUUCUGUAAGGGCAAUUUUGAUGCAGCCAGAUUUCGGCUCAGGGAGGCCGCUGCUCUAGCCGAGGUGAUGAAUCUCGAUAAGCCUGAAUCGUACGGCCGGAUUGGAGACACAGAAAAGCAACGGAGGCUCCGCACACUAAUCAGUCUUACGAUCAUUGAGAGAAUCUACUCGGUCCAGAGAGACUACAUUCCGGGCACGAAAUCACUAAGCCGGAACAAGCUGCAAGAACUGCAGAAUGCCAUCGCAUCUUCCGAUGACAGGGGUGAAAGCGAGAACAUCAUUGCCAUGGAGUGUAUCAGCAACAUGCUCGAGCAGGUGGACUUCAUUGAUCCCGAUAUAAUAAAAUGCUGGAAGGGUUUCUGCUGGGAAGAAGAGGCCCCGACACAUGUCACCAGAAGCACAAUACUCACUCUCCUACGAAGGUACCGGAUUCCACCACGGUUUUCUGGACUUUCUGGUAUCGAUACCCAUGCUCAGCAUGCAGACAUCCUUGUUACCAGGCACUGGAUCAGGAUCAAGCUGUGGUCUUUGGCCAAUAGCCACGGCUAUGUUGACGCCCUAUCUGACGACGAGGAGUUCCGUCAUGAGUACGCCGUGACCAUUGCAAGUGAGGCUCUUGACACCUGUUCUCGGUUCCAGAUGACUAGCCUCGAAGUACAUGGCAUUGGGCUUGUUGAGAAACUCUCUGAUCUAGCAACUUGUGCAGCACAACAAGUCGACGUCUACUCGCCUGCGCAAGAGUAUCCCAUUCAUGCAGACUUAACCAACCGUGAUCCAAACGUGAUGCAGCCACAGGAAGACUCUCCGACUUCAACUUCAAGUUCAGGGCCUGUGAAUAAUGGCACCGAGGACAUGCUCAAUGGCUAUCUCUCGCUGUUUGCAUCCUUCCGGAGAGGGAGACACCCUUUUCUUAAGCCGUAUAUGCGCCUCCUACUACUCAGAGAUUGA